CGGUAGAUCUUCCACUUUUCCACUUUCAACUCAGAAUUACAGUUGACAACUAGUACCACUACUGAAUCUCUUCCUAAAACAAAAACAGAGAAAAAACAAAAACAACAACAGCAAUUACAAACAGUAGGAAUACUUUAUUGCACUCUAGCACUUUUUACUUUCAACCUUUCUUUAUUCUACUUGUGCGUAGUGGUAAUUUUCCACAUCGUUACAAACUCCACUUGCUUUCUCCCCCCCAUCUCUAUCAGCUUAUUAGAAGCUCUCAACCUCUCAACCUCUCUCUCUCUCUCUCUCUCUCUCAUUACCCCCACCCCACCUCACAUCCUAACUCGACACCUCACCCCAUUAAUUGGAUGCUGCCCAGUCCGACUACGCAGUUGUCUUUUGUCUUUUUCCAGCCAGCCUCACUUCUAUGAUUAUGCGAAAAGGUCAACAGUGUCACUGUAAUGCAAUUCAAAAUGACGUUGGAAGAUUGGUUGGACGACCUUUGCGUCCGCUUCAUCAUUAAUCUCCCGAGAGAGGAUCUAUCCUCUGUAGCCCGAAUAUGCUUUCAAAUCGAGGAGGCACAAUGGUUUUACGAGGAUUUCAUCCGCCCUUUAGACCCUACCCUACCCUCCAUGUCCUUACGAAGCUUCAGCCUUAAGAUGUUCCAGCACUGCCCGCUGCUCGCAUCAUUCUCUGCCGACAUCCAUAUCAAGGCCUUUGAAGAAUUUAUGCAAUACAAGACUAGAGUACCCGUCCGUGGAGCUGUCAUGCUCAAUGAACAUAUGGAUGCCGCUGUUCUGGUCCGAGGGUACAAGAAAGGCGCGAGCUGGAGUUUCCCUCGGGGGAAAAUCAACAAAGACGAGGACGACCUCGACUGUGCUGUUCGCGAGGUCUACGAGGAGACUGGGUUUGAUCUUCGAGAAUCGGGCCUCGUCAGCAGAAACGAACCAGUACAUCCUCUUGAGGUUACUAUGCAUGAUCAACAAGUGAGGUUGUAUGUGUUCCGUGGUGUACCCGAAAACACCGUGUUUGAGACGAGGACGAGAAAAGAGAUUGGCGAUAUUAAGUGGUAUAAGGUCGAGGAUCUCCCGGCCUACCGUAAGAAAAAGGGUGGAAGAAAUUACGCCACCGAUGGUCCUUCGAAAGACAAAUUUUACAUGGUGGCGCCUUUCAUGGUCCAGUUACGGCAGUGGGUAAUCAAGCAGAAGAAACUUGACGCCCCCAAGAUCGGCUCCGAUAUGAAUUACCACCACCAUCAGGGAUUCUACGAUGAUAAUUUGACGGACGACAAUGUGGUCCACGAGCCAACCCAUGUAUCGCCUAGCCGAGGCACAAACCCCAAGUUCAUUGAUAGCGCCACGGAGGAGUUACAACGUCUUCUUAAAGUUCAACCUCCGACACAAGGCUUACAAAUCCCGACCCCUACCUCUACCUCUAACCAACUUGCGGGACACACACUCUUGGCUCUUUUGCAGCCCAAGUCAGAGAACGAACAGCCGGCGUAUAGACAUGUCCAAGCACCUCCCUACAACACCUUUACCCAUGCGCCGCACGAGCACCAACAACCUCAACCUCAUCAUCACCAUCAAUACCCUAGUCAUCCAGAGCAAAGAAUGCCUGCUCCCGAGUACAGGAUGACGCAGCAGCUUCCAACGGAAGCAAAUGUAAACAUGGGCUACUCACAACCAGCCCGAGCUCGACCGUACGUAAAUGUCUCCACUGAGCUCCCUCAUCCCCCAACCUACUCGGAACACCCCCCUCAAUUCCGGAACCAACCCGUAAACCUCGUACACCCGCAGCCCUUACCACCCCAAGUACAGAAGGCAAUGCUUCUACGUGGCAUGGCCUCAUCUCCACAAAUCGCAGAUUCUACUGCCAAUCGAUCAGGCCCGUCCAACUUUCCAUCUGGGUUAUCACAAGAAAUCCAGUAUACCACACAAGCACCCCAAGUACAUCACCAUAUUGCGCAGGGUGCUCACAACGAGAACAGAAUGCCUCCUCAGUUGCCUGUGCAGUCAGCCAACUUAUUGAACGUCCUCAAGGGAAGUGCCUCACAAGCGAAUGCUGGUCAGCGCCCUGGCUCAGACUCACCGCACCAGUCUACCAACGUACAUGCUGGCCAAAGCCACCCGCACCCGUUCCCUGCCUCCGGCAAUGGAGGCAAUGGAUUCGCUGGUCAGUAUGGUGCCCCGGCCAUGCAACCCAGCUUUAGCAAUUCGGGACUGCUCAAGAGUCAUGCGUCCACCCCAGAUUCUAGCGCGCCACUUGCGCGCCCGACCGACAAACAUCGCGCAGGUUUGCUUGACAUGUUCAAGAAGACGGGGUCCCCAUUAUCGCAGGGCCAGCUUGAUGGAGAGAGCGAGAAGAAGAGGCAGUGGAACAAUUCGUCCCCCUCUACUGCAAACACUUUACGGACAGCGGCCCACGAAACCGGGCGCCCGAUGGUCAUGAACCCUGAAACGAACCUACCAUUUGGUGCCCUCAGCAUAUUAUCUCGGUCUCGGCCCAGUGCCUCGCCAACUGGAAGCGCAGCUGUCUCAGCUAAGCAUGCGGGUGACGCCAGUCGAUAUUCAGCCGUGGGAUCCCAGCCAAGUCCGAGCCUAUCGCAUGACAAAACCUCGCCUUCAUUCACGAAGGCACAAUCGCGUCCUCGUCAGUUGCCACCACCGAAGACACAGCAGAUGGGACAGUCAUCGCCCAGAUCUUACGCCGGCUCGAUGCAAUCGUAUCCGUAUGGUGCUAGCCAAGAGGCGGCGUCAAACACGUACUUAUUUUCGAAUCCACCUUCAGCGUCAUCGUUGCCAGUCCCAGGAGGUUUACAGUUCCGGAAGAACUCAACGACAGAGCACAAGAAUACUCUCCUAUCCCUCUUUGGAAAGCCGAGUUCGAACGCUGAAUCAAGUAAGGGGAAGGAGGUGGCGGUAGCGGAUCAGUUGGAGCCUGGGGAUACUCAACGAUCUCGAUUAAGUUCCUUCACUUCUGCUGGGGGCGAGGCUACGAUGGGAGUGCGAGGAAACAAGUCGAGACGUGGGAGCCAGGCGCCGCCGCUGUCGCCUGCGGAUAGGGACUUUUUGAUGAAUUUCCUAGAGUCGGCAUCUGGCAAUGUUAGGCGUUGAUCGUAUUUUGGCGCCUUUCACGAUAUAGAAGGGCUGGCAGGAAAGAGAGAAGGGGGAGGGUAGAUUUAACGGUGCUAGGCAUAAUGGGUAAAAGUAAAAAGUGCGGUCAUUGGAGCUAUUGAUAGUCGUUCGUAUACCCUCAUAGUUUUAGGGCGGGCGUCGGUCUAUUUCGCAUAAUAUGCGUUUGACAUUUCUGCAUUACCCGAGCUGGCCGAUCGUUCUUCGUGACUGUAAGUGCAUACGUGUAUGUACGCCUGUCUACAUAAACUUUCCACUGCGAUACUUAAUUUUUACAAAACAAUACAAGCCGGUUUGUG